AUGACCCAGCUUGGUGGUGUAGGAAACAGUGGUGGAGCAGGAAGCAGUGGUGGUGUAGGAAAGAGUGGUGGUGUAGGAAACAGUGGUGGUGUAGGAAACAGUGGUGGUGUAGGAAACAGUGGUGGAGCAGGAAGCAGUGGUGGUGUAGGAAGCAGUGGUGGUGUAGGAAACAGUGGUGGUGUAGGAAGCAGUGGUGGUGUAGGAAACAGUGGUGGUGUAGGAAACAGUGGUGGAGCAGGAAGCAGUGGUGGUGUAGGAAGCAGUGGUGGUGUAGGAAACAGUGGUGGUGUAGGAAACAGUGGUGGUGCAGGAAGCAGUGGUGGUGUAGGAAACAGUGGUGGUGUAGGAAACAGUGGUGGAGCAGGAAGCAGUGGUGGUGUAGGAAGCAGUGGUGGUGUAGGAAGCAGUGGUGGUGUAGGAAGCAGUGGUGGUGUAGGAAGCAGUGGUGGUGUAGGAAACAGUGGUGGAGCAGGAAGCAGUGGUGGUGUAGGAAACAGUGGUGGUGUAGGAAACAGUGGUGGUGUAGGAAACAGUGGUGGUGCAGGAAGCAGUGGUGGUGUAGGAAACAGUGGUGGUGUAGGAAACAGUGGUGGUGUAGGAAACAGUGGUGGUGUAGGAAACAGUGGUGGUGUAGGAAACAGUGGUGGAGCAGGAAGCAGUGGUGGUGUAGGAAGCAGUGGUGGUGUAGGAAACAGUGGUGGUGUAGGAAACAGUGGUGGAGCAGGAAGCAGUGGUGGUGUAGGAAACAGUGGUGGUGUAGGAAACAGUGGUGGUGUAGGAAACAGUGGUGGUGCAGGAAGCAGUGGUGGUGUAGGAAACAGUGGUGGUGUAGGAAACAGUGGUGGUGUAGGAAACAGUGGUGGAGCAGGAAGCAGUGGUGGUGUAGGAAAGAGUGGUGGUGUAGGAAACAGUGGUGGAGCAGGAAGCAGUGGUGGUGUAGGAAAGAGUGGUGGUGUAGGAAACAGUGGUGGUGUAGGAAACAGUGGUGGUGUAGGAAACAGUGGUGGUGUAGGAAACAGUGGUGGAGCAGGAAGCAGUGGUGGUGUAGGAAAGAGUGGUGGUGUAGGAAACAGUGGUGGUGCAGGAAGCAGUGGUGGUGUAGGAAACAGUGGUGGUGCAGGAAGCAGUGGUGGUGUAGGAAACAGUGGUGGUGUAGGAAACAGUGGUGGUGCAGGAAGCAGUGGUGGUGUAGGAAGCAGUGGUGGUGUAGGAAACAGUGGUGGUGCAGGAAGCAGUGGUGGUGCAGGAAGCAGUGGUGGUGUAGGAAACAGUGGUGGAGCAGGAAGCAGUGGUGGUGUAGGAAACAGUGGUGGUGCAGGAAGCAGUGGUGGUGCAGGAAGCAGUGGUGGUGUAGGAAACAGUGGUGGAGCAGGAAGCAGUGGUGGUGUAGGAAACAGUGGUGGUGUAGGAAACAGUGGUGGUGUAGGAAACAGUGGUGGUGCAGGAAGCAGUGGUGGUGUAGGAAACAGUGGUGGUGUAGGAAACAGUGGUGGUGUAGGAAACAGUGGUGGUGCAGGAAGCAGUGGUGGUGUAGGAAGCAGUGGUGGUGUAGGAAACAGUGGUGGUGUAGGAAACAGUGGUGGAGCAGGAAGCAGUGGUGGUGUAGGAAACAGUGGUGGUGUAGGAAACAGUGGUGGUGUAGGAAACAGUGGUGGUGCAGGAAGCAGUGGUGGUGUAGGAAACAGUGGUGGUGUAGGAAACAGUGGUGGUGUAGGAAACAGUGGUGGUGCAGGAAGCAGUGGUGGUGUAGGAAGCAGUGGUGGUGUAGGAAACAGUGGUGGUGUAGGAAGCAGUGGUGGUGCAGGAAGCAGUGGUGGUGCAGGAAGCAGUGGUGGUGUAGGAAGCAGUGGUGGUGUAGGAAACAGUGGUGGUGUAGGAAACAGUGGUGGUGUAGGAAACAGUGGUGGUGUAGGAAGCAGUGGUGGUGUAGGAAACAGUGGUGGUGUAGGAAACAGUGGUGGAGCAGGAAGCAGUGGUGGUGUAGGAAACAGUGGUGGUGCAGGAAGCAGUGGUGGUGUAGGAAGCAGUGGUGGUGUAGGAAGCAGUGGUGGUGUAGGAAACAGUGGUGGUGUAGGAAACAGUGGUGGUGUAGGAAACAGUGGUGGUGUAGGAAGCAGUGGUGGUGUAGGAAACAGUGGUGGUGUAGGAAACAGUGGUGGAGCAGGAAGCAGUGGUGGUGUAGGAAGCAGUGGUGGUGUAGGAAGCAGUGGUGGUGUAGGAAACAGUGGUGGAGCAGGAAGCAGUGGUGGUGUAGGAAGCAGUGGUGGUGUAGGAAGCAGUGGUGGUGUAGGAAAGAGUGGUGGUGUAGGAAGCAGUGGUGGUGUAGGAAACAGUGGUGGUGUAGGAAACAGUGGUGGUGCAGGAAGCAGUGGUGGUGUAGGAAAGAGUGGUGGUGUAGGAAACAGUGGUGGUGUAGGAAACAGUGGUGGUGUAGGAAACAGUGGUGGUGUAGGAAAGAGUGGUGGUGUAGGAAACAGUGGUGGUGUAGGAAACAGUGGUGGAGCAGGAAGCAGUGGUGGUGUAGGACACAGUGGUGGUGUAGGAAACAAUGGUGGUGUAGGAAACAGUGGUGGUGUAGGAAAGAGUGGUGGUGUAGGAAACAGUGGUGGUGUAGGAAGCAAUGGUGGUGUAGGAAACAGUGGUGGUGCAGGAAACAGUGGUGGUGUAGGAAACAGUGGUGGUGCAGGAAGCAGUGGUGGUGUAGGAAGCAGUGGUGGUGUAGGAAACAGUGGUGGUGCAGGAAGCAGUGGUGGUGUAGGAAACAGUGGUGGUGUAGGAAGCAGUGGUGGUGUAGGAAACAGUGGUGGUGUAGGAAACAGUGGUGGUGUAGGAAGCAGUGGUGGUGUAGGAAAGAGUGGUGGUGUAGGAAGCAGUGGUGGUGUAGGAAACAGUGGUGGUGCAGGAAGCAGUGGUGGUGUAGGAAAGAGUGGUGGUGUAGGAAACAGUGGUGGUGUAGGAAACAGUGGUGGUGUAGGACACAGUGGUGGUGCAGGAAGCAGUGGUGGUGUAGGAAGCAGUGGUGGUGUAGGAAACAGUGGUGGUGUAGGAAACAGUGGUGGUGUAGGAAACAGUGGUGGUGUAGGAAAGAGUGGUGGUGUAGGAAACAGUGGUGGUGCAGGAAGCAGUGGUGGUGUAGGAAACAGUGGUGGUGUAGGAAACAGUGGUGGUGCAGGAAGCAGUGGUGGUGUAGGAAACAGUGGUGGUGUAGGAAGCAGUGGUGGUGUAGGAAACAGUGGUGGUGUAGGAAACAGUGGUGGUGUAGGAAGCAGUGGUGGUGUAGGAAAGAGUGGUGGUGUAGGAAGCAGUGGUGGUGUAGGAAACAGUGGUGGUGCAGGAAGCAGUGGUGGUGUAGGAAAGAGUGGUGGUGUAGGAAACAGUGGUGGUGUAGGAAACAGUGGUGGUGUAGGACACAGUGGUGGUGUAGGAAACAAUGGUGGUGUAGGAAACAGUGGUGGUGUAGGAAAGAGUGGUGGUGUAGGAAACAGUGGUGGAGUAGGAAACAGUGGUGGUGUAGGAAACAGUGGUGGUGUAGGAAGCAGUGGUGGUGUAGGAAACAGUGGUGGUGUAGGAAAGAGUGGUGGUGUAGGAAGCAGUGGUGGUGUAGGAAACAGUGGUGGUGUAGGAAGCAGUGGUGGUGUAGGAAACAGUGGUGGUGCAGGAAGCAGUGGUGGUGUAGGAAGCAGUGGUGGUGUAGGAAACAGUGGUGGUGUAGGAAACAGUGGUGGUGUAGGAAACAGUGGUGGUGUAGGAAAGAGUGGUGGUGUAGGAAACAGUGGUGGUGUAGGAAACAGUGGUGGUGUAGGACACAGUGGUGGUGUAGGAAACAAUGGUGGUGUAGGAAACAGUGGUGGUGUAGGAAAGAGUGGUGGUGUAGGAAACAGUGGUGGAGCAGGAAGCAGUGGUGGUGUAGGAAACAGUGGUGGUGUAGGAAAGAGUGGUGGUGUAGGAAGCAGUGGUGGUGUAGGAAGCAGUGGUGGUGUAGGAAACAGUGGUGGUGUAGGAAGCAGUGGUGGUGUAGGAAACAGUGGUGGUGCAGGAAGCAGUGGUGGUGUAGGAAGCAGUGGUGGUGUAGGAAACAGUGGUGGUGUAGGAAACAGUGGUGGUGUAGGAAGCAGUGGUGGUGCAGGAAACAGUGGUGGUGCAGGAAGCAGUGGUGGUGCAGGAAGCAGUGGUGGUGUAGGAAGCAGUGGUGGUGUAGGAAACAGUGGUGGUGUAGGAAACAGUGGUGGUGUAGGAAGCAGUGGUGGUGUAGGAAACAGUGGUGGAGCAGGAAGCAGUGGUGGUGUAGGAAGCAGUGGUGGUGUAGGAAGCAGUGGUGGUGUAGGAAACAGUGGUGGUGUAGGAAACAGUGGUGGUGUAGGAAACAGUGGUGGUGUAGGAAGCAGUGGUGGUGUAGGAAACAGUGGUGGUGUAGGAAACAGUGGUGGAGCAGGAAGCAGUGGUGGUGUAGGAAGCAGUGGUGGUGUAGGAAGCAGUGGUGGUGUAGGAAACAGUGGUGGAGCAGGAAGCAGUGGUGGUGUAGGAAGCAGUGGUGGUGUAGGAAGCAGUGGUGGUGUAGGAAACAGUGGUGGUGUAGGAAACAGUGGUGGUGUAGGAAACAGUGGUGGUGUAGGAAAGAGUGGUGGUGUAGGAAACAGUGGUGGUGUAGGAAACAGUGGUGGUGUAGGAAACAGUGGUGGAGCAGGAAGCAGUGGUGGUGUAGGAAGCAGUGGUGGUGUAGGAAGCAGUGGUGGUGUAGGAAACAGUGGUGGAGCAGGAAGCAGUGGUGGUGUAGGAAGCAGUGGUGGUGUAGGAAACAGUGGUGGUGUAGGAAACAGUGGUGGUGUAGGAAACAGUGGUGGUGUAGGAAAGAGUGGUGGUGUAGGAAACAGUGGUGGUGUAGGAAACAGUGGUGGUGUAGGAAACAGUGGUGGAGCAGGAAGCAGUGGUGGUGUAGGAAGCAGUGGUGGUGUAGGAAGCAGUGGUGGUGUAGGAAACAGUGGUGGAGCAGGAAGCAGUGGUGGUGUAGGAAGCAGUGGUGGUGUAGGAAACAGUGGUGGAGCAGGAAGCAGUGGUGGUGUAGGAAGCAGUGGUGGUGUAGGAAGCAGUGGUGGUGUAGGAAACAGUGGUGGUGUAGGAAACAGUGGUGGUGUAGGAAGCAGUGGUGGUGUAGGAAGCAGUGGUGGUGUAGGAAACAGUGGUGGUGCAGGAAGCAGUGGUGGUGUAGGAAACAGUGGUGGUGUAGGAAACAGUGGUGGUGUAGGAAGCAGUGGUGGUGUAGGAAAGAGUGGUGGUGUAGGAAGCAGUGGUGGUGUAGGAAAGAGUGGUGGUGUAGGAAACAGUGGUGGUGUAGGAAGCAGUGGUGGUGUAGGAAAGAGUGGUGGUGUAGGAAACAGUGGUGGUGUAGGAAACAGUGGUGGUGUAGGAAACAGUGGUGGAGCAGGAAGCAGUGGUGGUGUAGGACACAGUGGUGGUGUAGGAAAGAGUGGUGGUGUAGGAAACAGUGGUGGUGUAGGAAAGAGUGGUGGUGUAGGAAACAGUGGUGGUGUAGGAAGCAGUGGUGGUGUAGGAAAGAGUGGUGGUGUAGGAAACAGUGGUGGUGUAGGAAGCAGUGGUGGUGUAGGAAAGAGUGGUGGUGUAGGAAACAGUGGUGGUGUAGGAAACAGUGGUGGUGUAGGAAACAGUGGUGGAGCAGGAAGCAGUGGUGGUGUAGGACACAGUGGUGGUGUAGGAAAGAGUGGUGGUGUAGGAAACAGUGGUGGUGUAGGAAACAGUGGUGGUGCAGGAAGCAGUGGUGGUGCAGGAAACAGUGGUGGUGUAGGAAACAGUGGUGGUGCAGGAAGCAGUGGUGGUGUAGGAAGCAGUGGUGGUGUAGGAAAGAGUGGUGGUGUAGGAAACAGUGGUGGAGCAGGAAGCAGUGGUGGUGUAGGAAACAGUGGUGGAGCAGGAAGCAGUGGUGGUGUAGGAAACAGUGGUGGUGUAGGAAACAGUGGUGGUGCAGGAAGCAGUGGUGGUGUAGGAAACAGUGGUGGUGUAGGAAACAGUGGUGGUGUAGGAAACAGUGGUGGUGCAGGAAGCAGUGGUGGUGUAGGAAACAGUGGUGGUGUAGGAAACAGUGGUGGUGUAGGAAACAGUGGUGGAGCAGGAAGCAGUGGUGGUGUAGGAAACAGUGGUGGUGUAGGAAACAGUGGUGGUGCAGGAAGCAGUGGUGGUGCAGGAAACAGUGGUGGUGUAGGAAACAGUGGUGGUGUAGGAAACAGUGGUGGUGCAGGAAGCAGUGGUGGUGUAGGAAGCAGUGGUGGUGUAGGAAACAGUGGUGGUGUAGGAAACAGUGGUGGUGUAGGAAACAGUGGUGGUGUAGGAAAGAGUGGUGGUGUAGGAAACAGUGGUGGAGCAGGAAGCAGUGGUGGUGUAGGAAACAGUGGUGGAGCAGGAAGCAGUGGUGGUGUAGGAAACAGUGGUGGUGUAGGAAACAGUGGUGGUGCAGGAAGCAGUGGUGGUGCAGGAAACAGUGGUGGUGUAGGAAACAGUGGUGGUGUAGGAAACAGUGGUGGUGCAGGAAGCAGUGGUGGUGUAGGAAACAGUGGUGGUGUAGGAAACAGUGGUGGUGUAGGAAAGAGUGGUGGUGUAGGAAACAGUGGUGGAGCAGGAAGCAGUGGUGGUGUAGGAAACAGUGGUGGUGUAGGAAACAAUGGUGGUGUAGGAAACAGUGGUGGUGUAGGAAAGAGUGGUGGUGUAGGAAACAGUGGUGGAGCAGGAAGCAGUGGUGGUGUAGGAAACAGUGGUGGUGUAGGAAACAGUGGUGGUGUAGGAAAGAGUGGUGGUGUAGGAAACAGUGGUGGUGUAGGAAGCAGUGGUGGUGCAGGAAACAGUGGUGGUGUAGGAAACAGUGGUGGUGUAGGAAACAGUGGUGGUGUAGGAAACAGUGGUGGUGUAGGAAGCAGUGGUGGUGUAGGAAACAGUGGUGGUGUAGGAAACAGUGGUGGUGUAGGAAGCAGUGGUGGUGUAGGAAAGAGUGGUGGUGUAGGAAACAGUGGUGGUGUAGGAAACAGUGGUGGUGUAGGAAACAGUGGUGGUGUAGGAAAGAGUGGUGGUGUAGGAAACAGUGGUGGUGUAGGACACAGUGGUGGAGCAGGAAGCAGUGGUGGUGUAGGAAACAGUGGUGGUGUAGGAAAGAGUGGUGGUGCAGGAAGCAGUGGUGGUGUAGGAAACAGUGGUGGUGUAGGAAGCAGUGGUGGUGUAGGAAACAGUGGUGGUGCAGGAAGCAGUGGUGGUGUAGGAAAGAGUGGUGGUGUAGGAAGCAGUGGUGGUGCAGGAAGCAGUGGUGGUGUAGGAAGCAGUGGUGGUGUAGGAAACAGUGGUGGUGUAGGAAGCAGUGGUGGUGUAGGAAACAGUGGUGGUGUAGGAAACAGUGGUGGUGCAGGAAGCAGUGGUGGUGUAGGAAACAGUGGUGGUGUAGGAAACAGUGGUGGUGUAGGAAGCAGUGGUGGUGUAGGAAAGAGUGGUGGUGUAGGAAGCAGUGGUGGUGUAGGAAACAGUGGUGGUGUAGGAAACAGUGGUGGAGCAGGAAGCAGUGGUGGUGUAGGAAACAGUGGUGGUGUAGGAAACAGUGGUGGUGUAGGAAACAGUGGUGGUGUAGGAAACAAUGGUGGUGUAGGAAACAGUGGUGGUGUAGGAAAGAGUGGUGGUGUAGGAAACAGUGGUGGAGCAGGAAGCAGUGGUGGUGUAGGAAACAGUGGUGGUGUAGGAAAGAGUGGUGGUGUAGGAAAGAGUGGUGGAGCAGGAAGCAGUGGUGGUGCAGGAAGCAGUGGUGGUGUAGGAAGCAGUGGUGGUGUAGGAAGCAGUGGUGGUGUAGGAAACAGUGGUGGUGUAGGAAACAGUGGUGGUGUAGGAAACAGUGGUGGUGUAGGACACAGUGGUGGUGUAGGAAACAAUGGUGGUGUAGGAAACAGUGGUGGUGUAGGAAAGAGUGGUGGUGUAGGAAACAGUGGUGGAGCAGGAAGCAGUGGUGGUGUAGGAAACAGUGGUGGUGUAGGAAAGAGUGGUGGUGUAGGAAAGAGUGGUGGAGCAGGAAGCAGUGGUGGUGCAGGAAGCAGUGGUGGUGUAGGAAGCAGUGGUGGUGUAGGAAGCAGUGGUGGUGUAGGAAACAGUGGUGGUGUAGGAAACAGUGGUGGUGUAGGAAACAGUGGUGGUGUAGGAAACAGUGGUGGUGUAGGAAACAGUGGUGGUGUAGGAAGCAGUGGUGGUGAAGCAGUGGUGGAGCAGGAAGCAGUGGUGGUGCAGGAAGCAGUGGUGGAGCAGGAAGCAGUGGUGGUGCAGGAAGCAGUGGUGGAGCAGGAAGCAGUGGUGGUGCAGGAAGCAGUGGUGGAGCAGGAAGCAGUGGUGGUGCAGGAAGCAGUGGUGGUGCAGGAAGCAGUGGUGGAGCAGGAAGCAGUGGUGGAGCAGGAAGCAGUGGUGGUGCAGGAAGCAGUGGUGGAGCAGGAAGCAGUGGUGGUGCAGGAAGCAGUGGUGGAGCAGGAAGCAGUGGUGGAGCAGGAAGCAGUGGUGGUGCAGGAAGCAGUGGUGGAGCAGGAAGCAGUGGUGGUGCAGGAAGCAGUGGUGGUGCAGGAAGCAGUGGUGGUGCAGGAAGCAGUGGUGGAGCAGGAAGCAGUGGUGGUGCAGGAAGCAGUGGUGGUGCAGGAAGCAGUGGUGGAGCAGGAAGCAGUGGUGGAGCAGGAAGCAGUGGUGGUGCAGGAAGCAGUGGUGGUGCAGGAAGCAGUGGUGGAGCAGGAAGCAGUGGUGGAGCAGGAAGCAGUGGUGGUGCAGGAAGCAGUGGUGGAGCAGGAAGCAGUGGUGGUGCAGGAAGCAGUGGUGGUGCAGGAAGCAGUGGUGGUGCAGGAAGCAGUGGUGGAGCAGGAAGCAGUGGUGGUGCAGGAAGCAGUGGUGGAGCAGGAAGCAGUGGUGGAGCAGGAAGCAGUGGUGGUGCAGGAAGCAGUGGUGGAGCAGGAAGCAGUGGUGGUGCAGGAAGCAGUGGUGGUGCAGGAAGCAGUGGUGGAGCAGGAAGCAGUGGUGGUGCAGGAAGCAGUGGUGGAGCAGGAAGCAGUGGUGGUGCAGGAAGCAGUGGUGGUGCAGGAAGCAGUGGUGGAGCAGGAAGCAGUGGUGGUGCAGGAAGCAGUGGUGGAGCAGGAAGCAGUGGUGGUGCAGGAAGCAGUGGUGGAGCAGGAAGCAGUGGUGGUGCAGGAAGCAGUGGUGGUGCAGGAAGCAGUGGUGGAGCAGGAAGCAGUGGUGGAGCAGGAAGCAGUGGUGGUGCAGGAAGCAGUGGUGGAGCAGGAAGCAGUGGUGGUGCAGGAAGCAGUGGUGGAGCAGGAAGCAGUGGUGGAGCAGGAAGCAGUGGUGGUGCAGGAAGCAGUGGUGGAGCAGGAAGCAGUGGUGGUGCAGGAAGCAGUGGUGGAGCAGGAAGCAGUGGUGGUGCAGGAAGCAGUGGUGGUGCAGGAAGCAGUGGUGGUGCAGGAAGCAGUGGUGGAGCAGGAAGCAGUGGUGGAGCAGGAAGCAGUGGUGGUGCAGGAAGCAGUGGUGGAGCAGGAAGCAGUGGUGGAAGCAGUGGUGGUGCAGGAAGCAGUGGUGGUGCAGGAAGCAGUGGUGGUGCAGGAAGCAGUGGUGGUGCAGGAAGCAGUGGUGGUGCAGGAAGCAGUGGUGGUGCAGGAAGCAGUGGUGGUGCAGGAAGCAGUGGUGGUGCAGGAAGCAGUGGUGGUGCAGGAAGCAGUGGUGGUGCAGGAAGCAGUGGUGGAGCAGGAAGCAGUGGUGGUGCAGGAAGCAGUGGUGGAGCAGGAAGCAGUGGUGGAGCAGGAAGCAGUGGUGGUGCAGGAAGCAGUGGUGGUGCAGGAAGCAGUGGUGGUGCAGGAAGCAGUGGUGGUGCAGGAAGCAGUGGUGGUGCAGGAAGCAGUGGUGGUGCAGGAAGCAGUGGUGGAGCAGGAAGCAGUGGUGGAGCAGGAAGCAGUGGUGGUGCAGGAAGCAGUGGUGGUGCAGGAAGCAGUGGUGGUGCAGGAAGCAGUGGUGGUGCAGGAAGAAGUGGUGGUGCAGGAAGCAGUGGUGGUGCAGGAAGCAGUGGUGGUGCAGGAAGCAGUGGUGGAGCAGGAAGCAGUGGUGGAGCAGGAAGCAGUGGUGGUGCAGGAAGCAGUGGUGGUGCAGGAAGCAGUGGUGGAGCAGGAAGCAGUGGUGGAGCAGGAAGCAGUGGUGGUGCAGGAAGCAGUGGUGGUGCAGGAAGCAGUGGUGGUGCAGGAAGAAGUGGUGGUGCAGGAAGCAGUGGUGGUGCAGGAAGCAGUGGUGGUGCAGGAAGCAGUGGUGGUGCAGGAAGCAGUGGUGGUGCAGGAAGCAGUGGUGGAGCAGGAAGCAGUGGUGGUGCAGGAAGCAGUGGUGGUGCAGGAAGCAGUGGUGGAGCAGGAAGCAGUGGUGGAGCAGGAAGCAGUGGUGGUGCAGGAAGCAGUGGUGGUGCAGGAAGCAGUGGUGGUGCAGGAAGCAGUGGUGGAGCAGGAAGCAGUGGUGGUGCAGGAAGCAGUGGUGGUGCAGGAAGCAGUGGUGGAGCAGGAAGCAGUGGUGGAGCAGGAAGCAGUGGUGGUGCAGGAAGCAGUGGUGGUGCAGGAAGCAGUGGUGGUGCAGGAAGCAGUGGUGGUGCAGGAAGCAGUGGUGGUGCAGGAAGCAGUGGUGGUGCAGGAAGCAGUGGUGGUGCAGGAAGCAGUGGUGGAGCAGGAAGCAGUGGUGGUAGCAGGAAGCAGUGGUGGAGCAGGAAGCAGUGGUGGAGCAGGAAGCAGUGGUGGAGCAGGAAGCAGUGGUGGAGCAGGAAGCAGUGGUGGAGCAGGAAGCAGUGGUGGAGCAGGAAGCAGUGGUGGAGCAGGAAGCAGUGGUGGAGCAGGAAGCAGUGGUGGAGCAGGAAGCAGUGGUGGAGCAGGAAGCAGUGGUGGAGCAGGAAGCAGUGGUGGAGCAGGAAGCAGUGGUGGAGCAGGAAGCAGUGGUGGAGCAGGAAGCAGUGGUGGAGCAGGAAGCAGUGGUGGAGCAGGAAGCAGUGGUGGAGCAGGAAGCAGUGGUGGAGCAGGAAGCAGUGGUGGAGCAGGAAGCAGUGGUGGAGCAGGAAGCAGUGGUGGAGCAGGAAGCAGUGGUGGAGCAGGAAGCAGUGGUGGAGCAGGAAGCAGUGGUGGAGCAGGAAGCAGUGGUGGAGCAGGAAGCAGUGGUGGAGCAGGAAGCAGUGGUGGAGCAGGAAGCAGUGGUGGAGCAGGAAGCAGUGGUGGAGCAGGAAGCAGUGGUGGAGCAGGAAGCAGUGGUGGAGCAGGAAGCAGUGGUGGAGCAGGAAGCAGUGGUGGAGCAGGAAGCAGUGGUGGAGCAGGAAGCAGUGGUGGAGCAGGAAGCAGUGGUGGAGCAGGAAGCAGUGGUGGAGCAGGAAGCAGUGGUGGAGCAGGAAGCAGUGGUGGAGCAGGAAGCAGUGGUGGAGCAGGAAGCAGUGGUGGAGCAGGAAGCAGUGGUGGAGCAGGAAGCAGUGGUGGAGCAGGAAGCAGUGGUGGAGCAGGAAGCAGUGGUGGAGCAGGAAGCAGUGGUGGAGCAGGAAGCAGUGGUGGAGCAGGAAGCAGUGGUGGAGCAGGAAGCAGUGGUGGAGCAGGAAGCAGUGGUGGAGCAGGAAGCAGUGGUGGAGCAGGAAGCAGUGGUGGAGCAGGAAGCAGUGGUGGAGCAGGAAGCAGUGGUGGAGCAGGAAGCAGUGGUGGAGCAGGAAGCAGUGGUGGAGCAGGAAGCAGUGGUGGAGCAGGAAGCAGUGGUGGAGCAGGAAGCAGUGGUGGAGCAGGAAGCAGUGGUGGAGCAGGAAGCAGUGGUGGAGCAGGAAGCAGUGGUGGAGCAGGAAGCAGUGGUGGAGCAGGAAGCAGUGGUGGAGCAGGAAGCAGUGGUGGAGCAGGAAGCAGUGGUGGAGCAGGAAGCAGUGGUGGAGCAGGAAGCAGUGGUGGAGCAGGAAGCAGUGGUGGAGCAGGAAGCAGUGGUGGAGCAGGAAGCAGUGGUGGAGCAGGAAGCAGUGGUGGAGCAGGAAGCAGUGGUGGAGCAGGAAGCAGUGGUGGAGCAGGAAGCAGUGUGCAGGAAGCAGUGGUGGAGCAGGAAGCAGUGGUGGAGCAGGAAGCAGUGGUGGAGCAGGAAGCAGUGGUGGAGCAGGAAGCAGUGGUGGAGCAGGAAGCAGUGGUGGAGCAGGAAGCAGUGGUGGAGCAGGAAGCAGUGGUGGAGCAGGAAGCAGUGGUGGAGCAGGAAGCAGUGGUGGAGCAGGAAGCAGUGGUGGAGCAGGAAGCAGUGGUGGAGCAGGAAGCAGUGGUGGAGCAGGAAGCAGUGGUGGAGCAGGAAGCAGUGGUGGAGCAGGAAGCAGUGGUGGUGCAGGAAGCAGUGGUGGAGCAGGAAGCAGUGGUGGAGCAGGAAGCAGUGGUGGAGCAGGAAGCAGUGGUGGAGCAGGAAGCAGUGGUGGAGCAGGAAGCAGUGGUGGAGCAGGAAGCAGUGGUGGAGCAGGAAGCAGUGGUGGAGCAGGAAGCAGUGGUGGAGCAGGAAGCAGUGGUGGAGCAGGAAGCAGUGGUGGAGCAGGAAGCAGUGGUGGAGCAGGAAGCAGUGGUGGAGCAGGAAGCAGUGGUGGAGCAGGAAGCAGUGGUGGAGCAGGAAGCAGUGGUGGUGCAGGAAGCAGUGGUGGAGCAGGAAGCAGUGGUGGAGCAGGAAGCAGUGGUGGAGCAGGAAGCAGUGGUGGAGCAGGAAGCAGUGGUGGAGCAGGAAGCAGUGGUGGAGCAGGAAGCAGUGGUGGAGCAGGAAGCAGUGGUGGAGCAGGAAGCAGUGGUGGAGCAGGAAGCAGUGGUGGAGCAGGAAGCAGUGGUGGAGCAGGAAGCAGUGGUGGUGCAGGAAGCAGUGGUGGAGCAGGAAGCAGUGGUGGAGCAGGAAGCAGUGGUGGAGCAGGAAGCAGUGGUGGAGCAGGAAGCAGUGGUGGUGCAGGAAGCAGUGGUGGAGCAGGAAGCAGUGGUGGAGCAGGAAGCAGUGGUGGAGCAGGAAGCAGUGGUGGAGCAGGAAGCAGUGGUGGAGCAGGAAGCAGUGGUGGGAAGCAGACAAGAUACAUUCCCUCACUUGGCGCAAUUCACAGGAUAUUCACUGAGGACCCCUCAGCGCUCAUGA